UCCUCAGGGGAGGGCGAAGAGAAGAGAAACCAGUAGAAGGAACCCUAGUGCAGCAAUUAGAGCUCCUUUCUCUUCUCUUUCUUCUUCUUCUCGUCCAAUCGCUACCGGGAUGGGUUCAAUUGCGCUCCCGGAGGAGACCAUUUUCCGAUCCAAGUUGCCGGAUAUCGAGAUCACCAACGACAUUCCCCUACACACCUACUGUUUCGAGCGGCUGGCCGAGUUCGCCGGUCGCCCCUGCGUCAUCGACGGUGCCACCGGCACCGUGCUCACCUACGCCGAGGUCGACGCCGCCGCACGCGGCUUCGCCGCCGGUCUGUUCAGUGUCGGCAUCGGGCGGGGCGACGUGUUCAUGAUCCUCCUCCGCAACUCCCCCGAGUUCGUUAUCGCCUUCCUCGCCGCCUCCUACCGGGGGGCCGUCGCCACCACCGCCAAUCCCUUUUACACCACCGGCGAGAUCCACAAGCAGGCGGCCGGCUCCGGCGCCCGCCUCAUCAUCACCGAGUCGUGCUACGUGGACAAGAUCCGGGAGUUCGCCGGGGAGCGCGACAUCACCAUCGUCACCGUGGGCGACGGCCCCGCCCCCGACGGCUGCCGCCUCUUCGCCGACCUCAUGGGGACGGACGCGGGCGCGCUGUCGGCGGCGGAGUUCGACCCGGACGACGUGGUCGCGCUGCCCUACUCGUCGGGCACCACCGGGCUGCCCAAGGGCGUGAUGCUGACGCACCGGAGCCUGAUCACGAGCGUGGCCCAGCAGGUGGACGGCGACAACCCCAAUCUCUACCUCCACCAGGACGACGUGCUGCUCUGCGUGCUGCCGCUCUUCCACAUCUACUCCCUCAACUCGGUGCUUCUCUGCGGGCUGCGCGUCGGCGCUGCCAUCCUGAUCAUGCGGCGCUUCGAGGUCGGACCGCUGCUGGAACUGGUGCAGCGCCACAGGGUGACCAUCGCGCCCUUCGUGCCGCCCAUCGUGCUGGAGUUCGUGAAGAGCCCGCUCGUCGAUGGCUACGACCUGUCGUCGAUUCGGAUGGUCAUGUCCGGGGCGGCGCCCAUGGGGAAGGAGCUCGAGGACAAGUUCAUGACCAAACUUCCCAAUGCCCAGCUGGGCCAGGGGUACGGGAUGACGGAGGCGGGGCCGGUGCUUUCGAUGUGCCUGGCGUUCGCGAAGGAGCCGUUCGAGGUGAAGUCGGGCGCGUGCGGCACCGUGGUGAGGAACGCGGAGAUGAAGAUCGUGGACCCCGCGACCGGCGCGUCCUUAGGCAGCAACCAGCGGGGCGAGAUCUGCAUCCGAGGAGCCCAAAUCAUGAAAGGUUAUAUCAAUGAUCCAGAGGCGACAAGGAACACCAUAGACAAGGAUGGUUGGCUGCACACAGGAGACAUCGGGUAUGUGGACGACGACGAUGAGGUCUUCAUCGUCGACAGGCUCAAGGAGAUCAUCAAGUACAAAGGUUUCCAGGUAGCCCCAGCUGAGCUUGAAGCUCUACUGAUCACCCACCCUAACAUCGCUGAUGCCGCUGUUGUCCCGAUGAAGGAUGAAGCAGCUGGGGAAGUGCCCGUUGCGUUUGUCGUGAGGUCGAAUGGCUCGAAGAUUUCUGAGGAUGAGAUCAAGCAAUACAUAUCAAAACAGGUGGUUUUCUACAAGAGAAUCAACAAGGUAUUCUUCACGGAAACCAUUCCGAAGGCACCAUCCGGCAAAAUCUUGAGGAAGGAUCUAAGAGCAAAGCUAGCCGCCCAAUUUCCCAUCGGCCCAUUUCCAUGAUCGUCAUCGGACCGUCCAUUAUACCAUAGUCCACAGAGUAAUCGAUAUCGUUAUAAAGUUCCUUCUCCUUGUGCUCUCAUGUGAGGACAAGAGGUCAGUGUAAUAUUAUUAUUAGUUGUUGUUCAUGAAAUAUAUGCUCCAAGUGAAACACCUACGAAUUCUUUUAGACAUGGUUUCAUGUUGUUCACUAGAUAGGUCCUGUCCGUCUUCUCAUCCAGCUAUAAAUUACAUUUUAUUUGUUUUAAAUUUGUGACUAUGAGUUUGUAUGUUGAUAUCGAUAAGAGAUGUCUUUCUUAAAUGCAAAGGUCAAUACAAGUUGUGUUUAUAGU